AAUGGAUGUAUGUUGCAUGUACUACAUUGCCACCCCUAAAAUCCCUCUUAACAUUAAAAUAAAUAAAUAAAACCGAAAUUCUAAACCCAGAAAACCCAGUAGUUCCCACAUGGUGGCUGUCGCGUCGCGUGCCACGUGACCAUCGUCGUCGACAUGAACCGAUCACCGGCAGCGAGCAUAUGGGCAUCCGGGUUUUGCCCCUGCAAGAUCUCCAAACCUCUCGUUAGAGCCAGGCUAUUCGGGUUCGGGUCAGGAUCGGGAUUGGGGAAGCUGAGGAAGUGCCGGGUAAGGAGGAGGUUUGGCUUUGCAGUGAGUGCGGAACUAUCAAAGGCGUUGUCCUUCAAUGUUGGUUUGGACUCUCAGGUCCUUCAGUCGAACGAACAAUCACAGUUGCCAUGGAUUGGUCCAGUUCCUGGGGAUAUAGCAGAAAUUGAGGCAUACUGCAGGAUUUUUCGAGCAGCUGAACAGCUUCAUGGUUCUUUGAUGGAUACAUUAUGCAAUCCUUUGACUGGAGAAUGUAGUGUUUAUUAUGAUUUCCCAUCUGAGGAGAAACCUUUACUGGAAGAUAAAAUUGUAGCUGUUCUAGGUUGCAUGCUCUCUCUCUUGACUAAAGGGAGAGAGGAUGUUCUUUCUGGAAGAUCUUCCGUUAUGAGUUCAUUCCGCAUUGCUGAUUCGAGUGCAAUGGAGGAUAGGGUCCCACCUCUUGCUGUUUUCCGAAGUGAGAUGAAAAGGUGUUGUGAGACCUUGCAUGUUGCUCUUGAAAACUAUUUGACAGAUGACAAUCGAAGCUACAUUGUCUGGAGGAGAUUACAGAGGCUGAAAAAUGUCUGCUAUGAUUCUGGCUUUCCUCGUAGAGAUGAUCAUCCCUGCCAUUCACUUUUUGCAAACUGGAGUCCUGUUUAUGCGUCUUUAAAUAAGGAAGACAUAGCAUCUGGAAAUUAUCCGGCAGUUUUCUGGAAGGGUGGUCAGGUGACUGAGGAAGGCUUGAAGUGGUUAGUGGAGAAAGGGUAUAAAGCUAUUGUGGAUCUUAGAGCAGAAACAGUAAAGGAUACCUUUUAUCAAGCAGCGUUGGAUGAUGCUAUUUUGUCUGGGGAAAUUGAAUUGAUCAAAAUUCCAGUUGAAGUUGGAACUGCGCCUUCCAUGGAGCAGGUUGAAAAGUUUGCAUCUUUGGUAGCAGAUUGCAGUAAAAGGCCCAUUUAUCUUCAUAGUAAGGAGGGAGUAAGAAGAACUUCUGCCAUGGUCUCAAGAUGGAGGCAAUACAUGACUCACUUUGCAUCUCAAUUUGUCUCCAAUCAGUCAAUGAAGGCCAAUGAUACGUUACUACCAGAUACAAGUCAAAGUAUGGGAAUGCCAACAUCUUCCGCUGUAGAAGAAAGAACCCUUCCCGUAAAUGAAAGCAAGCCAUUGGAAGUUGUAGCUGGUGAGACUCAUGGUUCGAAUGGAGUGUUUUAUGAAGAAGUCUCUUUAGAAAAAGAUGAAAACCUUAAGAGUCUUAGCAUUGAUGAAGUCCACAAUGAACUUGCUUCAGUUGAUGGUUCAAUAUCAGCUGGAACAAUUGACAAUGGAGCAGGAUUUUUCUACAGGGAAACUGAUCCUUUGAAGGCUCAGAGUCCUCCUUGCAAUGUUUUCUCCAAAGCAGAAAUGUCCAGGUUUUUUAGAAAUAGAAAAGUUUCUCCACCAACUUACUCAAGUUAUCAGUUCAAAAGGCUGGAGAUGUUACCAGUUUCAAGAGAGAUGCAUAUUGGGAAAAAUCAGAGAAAUGAGGUUGUUGACCCCAAAUGUUCACCAGGAGUCCCAGGGGCAGGAAGUUCCAAUGGAAAUUUGUCUGUUAGAUUUAAAACUUCAUAUUCAAAUCCUCAGAGAUCACAGCCUGCCAAGGGGAGCUAUCGGGAUGGUAAUGGUAAUGUUGUCAAUAGCCCAAAUGGUAACAUAUUUCUUGAAGGGGAAAAGAAUUUUUUGAAUGAUGUUAAUGUCCCUACUUUUGCAAGUAACAAUUUAAAUGAGCGCGAGACAUCUAAUUUCUUAAGUAAGGAUCCGAAUGGAAAUUCUGGAAUCUCGGGUACUAGUUCUGAUGACGAAGGGUCAGUUGAAGGAAAUAUGUGCGCUUCUGCUACUGGUGUUGUAAGAUUACAGUCGAGAAAGAAAGCAGAGAUGUUUUUAGUGCGAACAGAUGGAUUUUCUUGUACAAGAGAGAAGGUGACCGAAUCUUCAUUGGCUUUUACUCAUCCUAGUACCCAGCAGCAGAUGCUCAUGUGGAAAUCUACCCCAAAGACUGUAUUAUUGCUCAAAAAGCUGGGACAAGAACUCAUGGAAGAAGCCAAAGAGGUGGCAUCUUUCUUGUAUCACCAAGAGAAAAUGAAUGUUCUUGUUGAGCCUGAUGUACAUGAUAUAUUUGCUAGGAUUCCUGGAUUUGGAUUUGUCCAAACUUUUUACAGUCAGGAUACCAGUGAUCUUCAUGAAAGGGUUGAUCUUGUUGCAUGCUUGGGGGGAGAUGGUGUGAUACUCCAUGCCUCAAAUUUAUUUAGAGGAGCAGUCCCCCCUGUUGUAUCUUUUAAUCUUGGAUCUCUUGGAUUUCUCACUUCCCAUCAUUUUGAAGAGUAUAGACAGGAUUUAAGGCAGGUCAUCCAUGGGAAUAACACUGUAGACGGUGUUUAUAUCACCCUUAGAAUGCGGCUCCGAUGUGAAAUAUUUCGGAAUGGUAAAGCAGUGCCAGGGAAAAUAUUUGAUGUCCUAAAUGAAGUCGUCGUUGAUCGCGGCUCCAAUCCGUACCUUUCUAAGAUUGAAUGUUAUGAACAUGACCGGCUUAUAACUAAGGUACAAGGUGAUGGGGUCAUAAUAGCCACACCUACCGGGAGUACUGCUUACUCCACAGCUGCAGGAGGUUCCAUGGUGCAUCCGAAUGUUCCUUGUAUGCUGUUUACCCCAAUUUGCCCACACUCCCUCUCAUUUAGGCCAGUAAUACUUCCCGAUUCGGCUAGGCUUGAAUUAAAGAUACCAGAGGAUGCCCGAAGCAAUGCCUGGGUUUCUUUUGAUGGGAAGAGAAGGCAACAACUCUCAAGAGGACAUUCUGUCCAAAUUUAUAUGAGCGAGCACCCGCUUCCAACAAUCAAUAAACGUGACCAAACGGGAGAUUGGUUUCGCAGCUUAAUUCGCUGCCUGAACUGGAAUGAGAGGCUUGAUCAGAAGGCCCUUUGAAGUCUCAAUUUGAAGGCAAGACUAGUUCUUUUUCGAUAGAGCAUCCAGGUUCGUGUAAAUGACUGUACAGAUAGUAAUUAAAUAGGUAACAGGAAAUUUUACUUUUAGAAAGCGUACUUUAUAUGAUGUCCUACAAUUGGCUCUCAUUUGAGGUAGCGUUUGCCAGUUUCUUUUCUAUUACCUGUGAGAUACAGUAAUUGUAUUUCAGUACAGUCAACUAUUAUUGGUUAUAAAAGUAUUUACUUUGCUUUUUCUGGAUCUAA